CCGUGGCUGAUCGAAGAUAAUAGCAACUUUUAAAGGAAUAGAAAGUUGCGUCAUAGUUCUUAAAGGCAUGUUUAUGUCCUUAAAUCCGUGCUGCUUUAUGAACAGGUGGGCAUUUAAAAGCUCGUCGUUUUGGUGGAUCGCUCUUGCCAAUAUUUUACGCAGAACAUCAUCCACAAUGACCAGCCCAGAGAGGCAUGUGAUCUGGAAAGCAGGAGAACUGGAGGCGUAUCUCCACCCUUCUCCGUGGACCCCAGGGGCCACAGUAGUGACUCACAACCCCCCUCGAGGUCACAGCAGCCUGUUCCAUCUGCCUGAAGACUCCUUCCUGAGUCUGCUGCUGGGAGCACGGGCGGUCGGACGCCUCCUCUGUGAGCGGCUUGGGGCGCAACGCUGCGCGCUUGUUCACAGGCCCGAGGACGAGGCCCCCACAGCCAGGCUCCUCCUCCUUCCCCUCCAUGGCUUGCAGGAGCAGUGGACACCUCAUCUUGCAGCAGAGGAAGAGUUCCAGCCACACGACCCUGGAUACAUCACCUCGAAGAGUGGUCCCCGCUGGGCUGACCGGAACCUGGAGGACAUUAGGGAACGGAUCCGGGCGAAAUUGCCUUCGCCGGAUGCCCCCCUUGACUACACUUUCUUCGGAGACCCGUCUCAUGUGGGGCUGUUUUCUCGCAUAGUGCGAGGGGAGGAACAGCAGUGGAGGGUAUGGGAGGACGAGGAGCACAUCGCCUUUCUCACUCCGUUCCCCAACAUGCCUGGUCUGACCGUAGUGAUCCCCCGCAAACCUCUAACCAGUAACAUCCUCCGACUAGAGGAGGGGAAUUAUAAGCGAUUGGUUUUGGCAACCCGAAGGGUAGUCAGGCUGUUGGAGGAGAGCCUAGGAGCAUGGGGAGUGGGACUCAUAUUUGAGGGCUAUGAGAUUGACUAUGCUCAUGCUAAAUUGAUCCCGCUGCUUUCGUGUCCUGGCAACCUUACCCAGAGUCUUACGUGUCCAGUGCCUGAGUUUUAUGACCUGUACCCUGGGUUCGUGACCUCUGCCAGUGGCCCUCCAGCCAUGCCUGAGGACCUAACAGAGAUGCAUUCCAAAAUCACCCAGGCUGCUAUACAAUUGGUCAAUGGCAGUAACAGCAGCAGCAUGUGAAGACGUACUGUAGCAGUUGCACUGUCUGUACAGUUAUAAGAGGUGCUCUGGAUUGGUGAGAAAUGGGGCAGCAGGACACUUGAUGUUGAUUCAUUAGGUAGUGUCUCUUCCUACCAAAUGAAGGAAUUACAAUGAGAAUUACAAAGAAGAUAUCCUUCUUGAAUGUGAAUAUAAUGUGGAGAAACUGUAACCAAAAUAUAACUGAUAAUCAAUAUAAAUGUCAUAAUUUGUAUUUCUAUUGUGUUGUUAACUAUGUAAAGUUAAUUUGUUUACAUGGAUAAAUUAUUUGUAUUCUGAUCAUUCUAUUUUUUGUAAUUUCUGGGAUGCAUGUUGUUCUAAGCGGCAUUUAAUAUAUUUUUCAGAAUAAAAAUUUAGAAUAAUGUUUUUUCCCCCAGAGGAUGCCAAACUAAUUUUGGCUAGGCUCAAUCUCAUUGUUCCACCACUAUGAAAAAAUGAUCAGUACACAUUUUGAAGAAGACAUGUGUACCAAUAUUGCUGACACUGAGGGAAAAAAACAUGGGUAUUACUUUAUUCUUUAAAAAAAAUACACAUCUUACUUUUGUUUUCUA